AUGUACGCCUUUGGUUUUGAGCCAUCUAGAUACGCGGCAAGUAUGUGCGAGCAGCUCUUCAAAUACGACUGUGGCCACUUGUAUCGCCGCAUCCUUUGCUGCAACAGGCCACGAGAACAGCAUCUUUCAUCAACGUCCUUCUCCGGCCAGUCUCCAUCCAGCGAAAGCCACUGUCAUGGAACCCAAAGGCUAGAGUGCCGCGCUACUCUAUGCCCAAAGUGCGAGAUGCAGGAGAAAGAUGGCGAUGUGUACUUCAACAGCACGAAGCGGGCCAGCCUCCCUACAGCCCAGGCAAGGACAGAUCCUACACGGCACCAUGGACAGGAGAACUUGGCGGCUACCAGAGUGAGUACCAGUACCGCCGCCAUCAGGCGCACGAAAUCCAAUCCUGCUCUGCUUCCUUCCCAGCAUCUCCGGCGAGUUCAGGGCAUGGACAAUGGCUCGCUGCGCAACGAGUACACUCGUCUUGAAUUGCGCCCAGACAAUACUUUUCAAGCUCAAGAUGAUGGAUUCACUGGAAAUGGCUCACAAUGUACCAAGGAAAUCCGUCUUGAACUAUCCCGGCAUCGUGUUGAUGAGGCUGAUGUGGUCCAACAUGCUGAUAGUAGCCCACUUGAUGGCGAAUACAUUUCUUCUAAACUGGCUCAAAUUGGCAGUUUAAAAGCUUCAAGUCGCCAUAAUAAGCAUAAUCUCUCAUCCAGUAGCAAGCAGGCUUGCCUAAAACCACUCCAAGGCGACGAAUUCAAGCUCGAAGGCAACCAUAAUGCCGGCGAUAGCGGGCAGCCCAACAAGAGUACUUCCCCCAAAGUGCAAGAUACUGGCAAUAAUACAGUCUCCAACCGACAUAAUCCCACCAGGCCUUGUCAGGACAACAGUCUCGGGGCUCGUCGUGGCAAAAAGCUGCGUCUUAAGGACUUCAUCAUGCCAAUACUUGAGCUAGAUUGGUAUACGUCUACAUAUGUUCCAUAUAUGCUGUACUCGCCUUCAAGUGGAACCAGCUUCGCGGAGCUGCUAAACUAUAGCCAAAGCGAAAGUGACGAGCCUCGUAUUCCUGCACCUGAAAUUGUCCGCCCAGAGAUUGUCCGCCCAGAGAAAAAAGCGAGAAGGCGGCUUCAGAAAAUGAGGAGCUUAUAUCAUCAUAUAGAUUCUUCGAACGAGUCGUUCGUCUGCGCACGAGCUCGGGAAGUUGAGAACAACGAACGGUGA